CUGGGGUUACUUAUCGGGAACGUUCUUCCUUCAGUGACUUCUUCUUUUGUUGCCAGUUGAUUGCCACACUUCCGUGAUGAUGCACUCGUUCGGGGAGCUGCGGAUUCAGCUGCGUACCCUUCGCUUGCUCGGAGUCCUGAGAUUCAACAUCGACUACGACAAAGGUGUAGUCUCCGCGACGCCUGCGGAAGAGCGUGUGGCACGUUUCUAUCUAUGCGCAGUCCUGUCGAUCCUCAUUGGCAUUCACACAUACUGCGUCUGCAUGCCAGAGCACUUUUUCAUGCUCAACUACAAUGCCACGGGAAAUUGCUAUGCAUUGAUCAACAGUCGGACGUGUAAUGUGACCACAAUCCUCAUCUACACAAUGCUCUACGUGAGACGCUGUCGCUAUGCACGUCUGUUGGAGACGAUGCUGCGCCUCAAUCGUGUCUCCAGGGAUCAUCAUUCAUCCUCGAAGUUUGGCCUUCUGUACGGCAUUCAUCUGACGCUCUUUGUGCUCUGCAUGAUCAACUAUUGCCAUGGCUACUGGAGGGCACAACUCCCAACGACGAUCAUUCCCAUCAAUUUGUUCCAGUAUGGUUUCUCCUACAUGCUCAUGGGACAGCUGGUGGUCCUGUUUGUCUGCUUUCAAAGGAUAAUUCACUCCAAUUUGAGGUGCUUCCAUCGAAAGUUGUUGGCGAGUCGUCAGCUGUCCAGCGAGUGCCGUGAGUUCUAUGCGGAUUUCCGUGAUUAUAAUCAGAUUAUAUGGCUCUGUCAAGGAGAUAUCAAUGACUGCUUUGGUCUCCUCGUGCUGCCCAUAACCGGAUAUGUGCUGCUGACAACCCCAUCGGGUCCUUUCUAUCUAAUUUCAACGCUCUUUGAGGGCCGCUUUCCCAAGCCAUGGCGCUUUGCUCUCAUGCUGUUGACUUCUGCGUUCUGGAGUGUGCCUUGGGUGGCACUGCUGGUGCUCACGAUGGGCAUCACAAACGUCCAAAGGGAGGUGAGUAGAUGCCCCCCUCCUUAA